CAUCCCGCCCGCAUCAUUUUAGUUCGAUCGUCCACGUUGUCAACUGUGAAUAAUCUUUUACUCAGCGUAAACAUAACACAGAGCCCGUUAAUAUCAAAUAAAUAUUAUCAUUAACUUUCAACAAGUUCUAUUUCGAUAUUACAAUGCGCAAGAUACGGUCUGGUGUUAAAUAGUGACGCGGUGAACAUUCUAUAAGUGUUGAUAUCGUCGCGAGGUCAAAGACUGCUACAAAACUGUAUAACUUUAGUGUCGUAUUCCCAGUGAGAUGUUGGGGGAGAGUUUUGGUUGACAAAUUGACUGGUUUCGUCUGCUUGGACUUAUUGCGAAUGUGUAUUGAAACGUUCACCGCUAUCCACGGGCGCACUGCUAUGCGCCACGACUUGGUACAUUUUAUUCGACACACAUCCUCUGACCACUACUGCGAAGGAACACUUUAGUUCUUCGAGUUGGUAAGAUAACAUCGCUAUUGAUGGCGUUACUUUGCAUCCGUGGCGACUGGUACCUGUAUCUUUGGCUGAUAUACUGCAAGAUCUAUUCGGCAGUCGUAUGGCUUGUCGGCAAUCACUGCCGCGGAGCUGAUAAGCGGGCCGUGAUAACCGCCGGAGCCGACCAGUCGUCUGGAGGCCUUCACAGAGUGCGCACGCGUCGCAAGAGAGCGCAGCACCAUCGUGUCAAACAUAUCGCAUUAGUGAGGAGACCAUCUUUGAGACGAAUCGUCAUGGCACCAGGAGCUAGUACCGCGCACACUAUGAUGGAAGACAAGGAGAAGGCACUUCACGGCGCUUUGGCCACAGUGUCGAUGCGUUCCCGUCGUAUCAGUCAGUUUGCGCCACUAUUGAUUGCGCUGGUGGGGCUACCGGCGCGCGGCAAGAGCCAACUGGCGCAUCGCCUCUCCAGGCAUCUUAACUGGAACGGAGAAAGCACUAAAGUGUUCGACUGCAGCGAAUACCGUCGCAAGCAUAUGGCUUUGUAUGGCAGCCACGACAUCUUCCGUGCAGACAAUCAGCAGGGUUCCGCUAUCCGCCGGCAAAGCGCGCGCGAGGCGGUCCAAGACGCCGUGCUGUGGCUCAAAGAAGGGAACAGUGUUGCUAUAUUCGACGGUACUAACAUAACACGCGAGCAGCGUCGCGAGCUGGACGAAUACUGCCAAUCCGAUAUGGGCUUCAGGAUUCUCUUCAUCGAGUGCGUCUGCGAAGACCAAGAGUUGCUGGAGAGGAACAUCAUUGAGAUCCUGCAUUACUCCGCUGAUUACAAGAGUAUGAGUGAAGAAGGAGCCGUAGAUGAUCUGCGGAAGAAAUUGGAACAUUACAUGCGUCAGUAUGAACCGAUAGAUGGGAACUUAGAGACCAUAAGUUUUGUACGAGUGGAGAAUAUGGGAGAGACAGUCACAGCGCAUAAAGUGAUAGGACAGAAGGAAUCGGGAAUACUGGGUUAUUUGUCCGGAAUGAGAGCGUUACCACAGACGUUGUAUUUCACUCGGCAUGGUGAGAGCGAGUACAACGUGGUCGGUCGCAUCGGCGGCGACGCGGCGUUGUCUGCGCGCGGUCAAUUAUACGCACGAGCGCUCGCCGACCACGUGAACGCGCUUGCAGGACGCGAGCCGCUCGCUGUAUGGACUUCAGAUCUACGACGCACAAAACAGACAGCCGCUGAUAUACGAGCUCCGAAAUACCCGUUGCGAGCACUUAAUGAACUUGACGCUGGUAUCUGCGAGGGUUUAACAUACGAGGAGAUGCAAGAACGGUUCCCUCAAGAGUUCGCGUGGCGUGAUCAAGACAAGCUUCGAUACCGGUACCCGUGGGGCGAGUCGUACAUCGAUAUAAUGACGCGACUGAGACCCGUACUCACCGCGUUAGAGGAUGACCACAAUGUUGUAGUUGUCGGCCAUCAGGCAGUACUGCGUUGUAUGCUCGGAUACUUCCUUGAUGCUAAACUUGACGAACUGCCGUACAUGAAUGUGCCUCUCCACACGAUCGUGAAACUGACAUCUUACGGCUACAAGUACAAAGUUGAGAUGAUAAAGUUGCCCAUCGAGUGCGUGGACACACAUCGCAAGCAGCCCAAGAACUGCUCUAUAAACCGAAGCACUGCCGAGGCAUUGGUAACUGUGCCCUCCCACUACGACACGCUGCCUUCCAACUUAUGGCAGAAUCCUACUGAGGCGCAGCUUUAGGCGCCGGAGCCGCGCCUCAGAGCUCGAGGCGCCUGACUUCCACGCCUACACGACACGGGGAACGGAAACUCUCUAGUGUAUACAGGCCUUGCUAAAAGGCCCUACAUCGGCUUAAAAGGCCCUAUUUAAGGUCUUAAAAGGCCAUACAUAGGCUCAAAAGGCCUUACUUGGGCCUUAAAGGCCCUAUCUCCGCCACAUUGGCCUUAGCAGGCCUUGGCUUCAGGUCGAAAGCCACGGAUACGCAGAAAAGAAUGCCAUCUAGCGAUCUAUAGACUAAAUAGACUGUUCACGCUCAAAGUGACAAGCGAGUUAGUUUUUAAAUUUUUUUUUUAGUGAAACAAUUUACGUACAAAACUCAAGGAUGUGUUCGGAUACGAGUGUUAACUUCCAAUUAAUGAGACUGAAAUGGUUUUUAAACGUCGUUUCAAUUUAACAGUUCGUUUAUUAUUAAUCUUGAUGUGUUCUUAUUU